AAUAGCAGAGAAGGGCUAGGGAGCGGUUGCCGAGCAGGGGCUCUACCGCGGGCGGGCAGCUGUGCCAGCUAACCGUCUGGGAUCUCGCACUGGGGGCUGCAGCUUUUCCCCGCCUCGAGCCAGUGUGCGGGGGCGGGAGAAGAGCCAGGGGGAGCGGGCUGGGCCCGGGGCUGCGGCUGCGGCCGCGGGGCUGCGGCUCCCCAGCCCCGCCAGCUGGAGCGCUCGGAGGUAGAGGAAAGGUCUUGACGGGGUGGCUGGAUCCGUGGCAGCCUCGAGUCUCCUACGUGGCUCCCCGGAGCCCUGAGACCAAGCGAGCAGUUUGCAUGAUCCCAGUUCCCGGACAAGUGGGUGUGUCAGGGCCGUUCCCAGAGGGCCGGGGCUCCUUCGCUUGGUCAAACCCUAGACUCGUUUACUGGGGCCUGGGCCGCUUGAGGCAAAACCCGCCUUGAAAGCUACGUCAGCCUAAUCCAGUUCCAGAUUCUAGACUUGAGGGUUCUGGGCUGUUGGUCUGUAGAAGCGAAGGAGAGAAGGACUCAAAUCCAGGCCAAGUGUAUGGCUGUCUGAGGUAUUGGAACAGAAGGAGGUCCAUUCCUGUUGGUGACAACACCGUGGCCCUGUUCUGGGAUGAGCAAGGUGUAAAGGUUUCCCCCAAGAAAGAGCAGCUGAGUCCUUGCAUCUUGUGGCAGCUGGUGUGCCCAGCACUGAGUCUGUAGGAGCUGAAGCCAGCCCGGACCCUUCUCAUGGGCAGUGCCCACCUGUGCUGAAGUCCUGCAGCGGUGGCGGUGUGAGGAGCUGUGAAAUUAGUUGUAACUGAAAAUGUCUGACGGUCUGGAUAAUGAAGAGAAACCCCCAGCUCCUCCACUGAGGAUGAAUAGUAACAACCGGGAUUCUUCAGCACUCAACCACAGCUCCAAACCACUUCCCAUGGCCCCUGAAGAGAAGAAUAAGAAAGCCAGGCUUCGCUCUAUCUUCCCAGGAGGAGGGGAUAAAACCAAUAAGAAGAAGGAGAAAGAGCGCCCAGAGAUCUCUCUUCCUUCAGACUUUGAGCAUACGAUUCAUGUGGGGUUUGAUGCAGUCACCGGGGAAUUCACUCCAGAUCUCUAUGGCUCACAGAUGUGCCCAGGGAAGCUCCCAGAGGGAAUUCCAGAGCAAUGGGCACGAUUACUCCAAACUUCCAACAUAACAAAAUUGGAACAGAAGAAGAACCCACAAGCUGUUCUAGAUGUUCUCAAAUUCUAUGAUUCCAAAGAAACAGUCAACAACCAGAAAUACAUGAGCUUUACAUCAGGAGAUAAAAGUGCACAUGGAUACAUAGCAGCCCAUCCUUCGAGUACAAAAACAGCAUCUGAGCCUCCAUUGGCCCCUCCUGUGUCUGAAGAAGAAGAUGAAGAGGAAGAAGAAGAAGAAGAUGAAAAUGAGCCACCACCAGUUAUCGCACCAAGACCAGAGCAUACAAAAUCAAUCUACACUCGUUCUGUGGUUGAAUCCAUUGCUUCACCAGCAGUACCAAAUAAAGAGGUCACACCACCCUCUGCUGAAAAUGCCAAUUCCAGUACUUUGUACAGGAACACAGAUCGGCAAAGAAAAAAAUCCAAGAUGACAGAUGAGGAGAUCUUAGAGAAGCUAAGAAGCAUUGUGAGUGUUGGGGACCCAAAGAAAAAAUACACAAGAUUUGAAAAAAUUGGUCAAGGGGCAUCAGGUACUGUUUAUACAGCACUAGACAUUGCAACAGGACAAGAGGUGGCCAUAAAGCAGAUGAACCUUCAACAGCAACCCAAGAAGGAAUUAAUUAUUAAUGAAAUUCUGGUCAUGAGGGAAAAUAAGAACCCUAAUAUUGUUAAUUAUUUAGAUAGCUACUUGGUGGGUGAUGAACUAUGGGUAGUCAUGGAAUACUUGGCUGGUGGCUCUCUGACUGAUGUGGUCACGGAGACCUGUAUGGAUGAAGGACAGAUAGCAGCUGUCUGCAGAGAGUGCCUGCAAGCUUUGGAUUUCCUGCACUCAAACCAGGUGAUCCAUAGAGAUAUAAAGAGUGACAAUAUUCUUCUCGGGAUGGAUGGCUCUGUUAAAUUGACUGACUUUGGGUUCUGUGCCCAGAUCACUCCUGAGCAAAGUAAACGAAGCACUAUGGUGGGAACCCCAUAUUGGAUGGCACCUGAGGUGGUGACUCGAAAAGCUUAUGGUCCGAAAGUUGAUAUCUGGUCUCUUGGAAUUAUGGCAAUUGAAAUGGUGGAAGGUGAACCCCCUUACCUUAAUGAAAAUCCACUCAGGGCAUUGUAUCUGAUAGCCACUAAUGGAACUCCAGAGCUCCAGAAUCCGGAGAGACUGUCAGCUGUAUUCCGUGACUUUUUAAAUCGCUGUCUUGAGAUGGAUGUGGAUAGGCGAGGAUCUGCCAAGGAGCUUUUGCAGCAUCCAUUUUUAAAAUUAGCCAAGCCUCUCUCCAGCCUGACUCCUCUGAUUAUCGCUGCAAAGGAAGCGAUUAAGAACAGCAGCCGCUAAGACUGCAAGCCUUACACCUCACCAUCUCCCUCAUGAGUAAGACUGAAAUAAAACUCUGCUGCAGGAAAGAUGGAAGAAAAGACAGUCAAAUGGUGUGGGGGUUCUUUACCUUUCAAAUGAAUAGAAACUUCUUAUAAGCCUUUUUCCUACUCCCUCAGAUUAUGUAAUUUAUUUGUAAGCCUGAAUCGCAGCCCAAACAGGGCAGCAAUGUUGAAGUGACCAUAAAGUGGUCACUUCCACCGUGAAGCGAAAGAGCCAGUAGUGAAUCCCCUCAUUUUGUGCAUUCACUUUGAAGAAAAAGGUUUCUCAAAGAUGCACACUCCCUCUUCAUAGUGUUGUGUUUGUUUUUAAGUUAGAGAGUAGUCCCUCUUGCAUUCAAACCUCCUUCAAAACUCCUUACCCAAUGUGAUGUUUUUCACUUGCAUUGUCAUUAGAUGUCCAGAAAAAAAAAAGAUGUCAAAAUGUUUUUCUAAAAAAAGAAAGCAAAAAAAGCAAGGCAAAAAAACAAAAAAAAAACAAACAAAAACAAAAACAAAACAAAAACAAGCAAACAAAAAAUACCAGAGCAAGUACUGUGUGAACAUGUGGAAGUCCAUGCCCUAAUAGAGUUGCAAUUUUUUAUUCUUCUUCUAUAGUGGUGGCUUGGUUUGUGUACCUAUUUUUCUGCAUUUGUAUUGGAAAAGGUUUCUUUUAAGACAUUUUCCAAAAGUGGAGAGGAAUAUGUGUGUUCAGGAAGGGCUUUCAAAAAACUGUAUAUCUAAAUAAAGCUCAAACGGUGAAAUCCUGUCACAUUUUCACAAUGAUGCUUAAAAGAUAGUUGAGUAAACCAGGUUGUUAAUCUCCUUAAUACCUGAAAGAGGACACACUGAAACUGUGACAUCCUGCUAGGUGAGUUCAGGUUCUGAACCUAGGAAAUCCUCAUAGGAGAAACCACAUUUAAACAAAGAUGGGACUUUCUCUGAGAGCCAAAACCAGAUAAAUGUAGAAUACUGAAAUCCUUAUUGGACAUUAAGUAAACAAAGAUAAUGAUACCUAAAUUAAUCCUCUCUUGUGCUUAUGAAACAUAUGCACUGUAAAAUAGGCAUACCAGGAGGAAAUAGAUCCAUUAAUCAUCAUUUACUUAUGAUACAAAUUAUUUAUUUUGACAAUUUAUAACGUUUAAAAAAGUUUUUUAAAGAUCUAGAGAAAGGUGAUAUAGUAAACAUUCAACUCUGUAAGAAAUGGGAGGUCAGUGAAGGCUACAUCCCAAUCAAUAUUUGGCUCUAAGUACCUCUUCCCAUUUUCCCUAUGUAUCACCUAUUUCUGUUUCGGAAUAUGGUGUGUUCAUGCUUAGUUCUUUGGGCUUUUGAAUAUCAAAAGCAUAUUCAUAAAUGUCUUGAAAUUCUCUCCAGUGGAAAAUAAUUUUAACUUACAAUCAUAUCCCAAGAAAUGUCAGUCCGACAGAAUUCCUUAUAUGACUUGGGGAAAAUAACAAAAUUUGACUACUAUUUCACCAUAUAUCUAUUUAUUAAAAAAUUCAACAGUUGGCACUUCCUGAAUCUUCUGAGAGUAGAAAAAUAUCUGCGGAGUGUCUGUGUAGAAAAGGAUAUGCCUCUCUUUUGAGUGUAUUGGCAAUUUUGUAAAUUACAGAAAGUUGUUUCUCUAAGCCUUUGAAAAACUAACAAUUUGUGUUAUAGAAGGCUUCUUAAUUUGUAGUAUAAAAGAAUCUAAACAGAACUUAUGUACAUUCAGCAAGAAGGGGAAAGAGAUCAGUUACAUAGGCCUCUCUCCUUCUUUGCCAAGGUACAUCCAUCCAUCUAACCAUCCAUAUAUCCACAUCUUAAAAUGAAAGCACUUUCUUUAGAGUUUCAGCAAACUAUAUAGUGUACGUGUUUAUGUUCAGGAGAUGACCCCACUGGUGUAUUUCCUAUUUUCCCUAUUGUUUUCUUUGACUGUAAAAGUUGGGAGAGGCUUGACCUCCUCCCCUUGAAAAUGUCCACAGUGGGAUAAAACAACAAAUGUGAAAAGAAAAUGAAAUGGUAAUAUUAAUUUGAAGCAUACUAUGUUAUACUUUGCAAAAACGAAUCUGGGCCUGUAAUUUUUAAUGCCACACUGCUCUAAUGAGAGAGAGAGGCCUUAAUUUUGAUUUCAUUUAAAAAUAAGUACUUUAAAAUAUUUUUCACUCAUAGUGCCGGGAAAUUCAAUGAAAUCCUGGGAUGCAAAUAAAAAUCAGUACAUUAGUGACUAUGUCCUGCCAGUGGAGAGAGCCCAAUACCUGGUUAGGAAGCCCUAUUCAUUAGUUAGCAUCCCUUACAUGUUGAGAAGGCCUUUUUUUUGUUGUUAUUUUGGAGACCUUGGAGCAGUGACCCUUCAGAUCACUGUAGGCAGAGAAAUGGCUUCUCUCUUAUGCUUUCAGUUCAGCAUAUUAACAAUGAGGAGCCAGGUACUUCUUUAUUACCACUUUGUACCAAGAUUUGAUAAUAAUAUAUCCCAGGAGGCAUUACUUUUAUAAAUUUGUAUUCAUGUAAAUUUUCAAAUGAGAACAGCUUCUAAAGCCCCUUCCCUGUAUUGGAGAGUUAUGUAUAUUUCUAAUAAGUAUUAGAAAGAAGCUGUUUCUCAUGCCACAGUGAUGCUGAAGGAUUCACAUUUGGUACAAUCGAGUAACUUGAACACCAGAUUGUUAACAGUUUAUUCUCUUUCCCUGGAUUUUUUAGCUCAUCUUGACACAGGUGAGUCUAUCCAAAUCUUUGAUGUUGCUAGUGUGCCCUGAGAUAACGAGGGCACAUCCUUCAAUGUUGAUUCCAAAAUGUCCUGAGUUAGGAAUAGGGCAGUGGGAAAGUCAGGGAAGGGUGAGAAGCACAGUAGAGAUUAUUUAUUUAAAAAAGGAAAGAACGUUAAUGUUGUUAGCAAGGAUCCAGUGCGUUGUCAUAAUCCCAUGAGGAUUUUCAGAUGACACAAUCCCCUCAAAUCAGUCACCAUGUUGGGUAAUGACUUCGUUCUUGCUGAUCUCGUGUGUGUGUCAUUGUAAAUAUUUGUGUGUCCAUGUUCCAUUUUGGCUACUGGAUGGCCAAGCCAUGUAAGAAGAUUUAACUCAAGUAUUUAUUCUUUAUGUUAUUCAGAUUUCUUUCAGGCUUGUGAACUGCACCCCAAUGUUUGAGUUUAACCACCUGAUCCUUACAUCUAUCCCUCCCCGGUGAAGCACAUUCCAUUGCUAAAAGAAAAAGAAAUACGAAAUUGCUUCCUGUUGUCUGUAUAACUGUUUUGAUAGUUUGAGAUGUUUGUCUAUAAAUGAUAUUUCUCAGCUCAAAGAUCGUGUAAAUAAUUAUAUUCCUUUGCUCAAUGGGUUGUUUAUUUCUAAUGAGGCUGCCAGUUCUGAGAGAUUCUAUAAUAUCACUUUUAAAUAACAUAAACAGGGAUUACAACUAUGUAAAAAGAAAUGCAUAUGGACAAAGACUGGGAACACAGAUAAUUGAAAUCAGUUGUGUUAGGGUGGGGGAAUUAUGUGAAUUUUUUUUUCUUUUUAAAUUUUUAUUUGAUAUUGUUAUAAUAUUGCUUUAUAAUAAAUAAACAGCAGAAAGGGAACUAUAGACACAUAGAAAAGAUGCCAGAAGCAGAUGCCUUCUGGCCAGAGCGCAGAGCAUGCAGGGCAGAGAUAUUUGCUAGUUAUAAUUAUUCCAUAGGCUUUAUGCUUGCCUGGGUGCUGAGGUUGGCACACGCUCGGGUAUGGCACACGCUUUCUUAGAAGACUAUUAUCUAUAAGUUAAAGCUAGGGAGAUGUCACUAUUAGAACUCCAAACACACUCUUCUGCUUUAAAAACAGGUUCUCUGCCCUCUGCUUUGGUGUGGCAUUCGGGUGUCUGUUUUGUGGUUGCUUUAGAUUGGAGGGGUGACCAUUUUAUUAGCCCCCUUGAUAACAUCUGUUGCAGAUAUUGCCUUUCUGGAACGUUUUAACAGACUCUCAGGUUGAAUUUUGGAGGACUAGAAGGAUAAAAUCCCCAGCUCCCACCAUUUUCUUGUCCAACAGGAUAUUACUGUAUAUCAUUCAGGUAGGAUUCUUCUUUUAAUAACCAAUAGGGCAAGUCCCACUAAUUUCAAUAGAAGUUAUGACUUGCAAUUAAAAGCUGACUUUGAAAUCAUUAAACAAAUAUGUAGGACUGUCUCUGCCUGUUGGCAUUCAGUUAUAGUUCUGUUAAUUUUGGCUUGGGAUGGUCUCCAUGUGCUUUUUUCUGCCUAUUUAUAGGUUGUUUGCAGUAGUUGUGAUUUUUAAAGAGCAAGGGAGACCAUCUAACCAAAGGAUAACUUCCUUCUAACUCACCAAAGAAAUUUUAGGUGAGAACUUUAAUAAUGAGGUAGUCACCUCAGAUAUGCUGCUUAGUUUCACUAAAAGCAGACCCUAUACCUAGAGAAGUCACUGGCUUUUUAUUGGUCAUUCUCAAUACAAAAAUACUUAGGGGAGUCUUAACCCUGCCAUCCCCGGUUGAAUCUCUUGGUCUUUAUCUAAGCUACUUGCAGUUAAUAUUCAGUUAAGCAAAGGUAUGGCCAGUAGUGCAAGUAUCUCCCAGUCUCUGAGCUCUGAACAAGAGGACUGAAAUUCAGCAUUUGUAAACUGACAGUUUGAUGGGCCUGGGAUUUGAAGUGAACUCAGCACACAAUUCUGAACAUGUAUUUGCAUGUGGACUGGGAAGGAAAUAAAUGGGAACUUGGAAAUAAUGGAAUAUUUCUCCUAUGAAAGAAUUUUUCAUAGAAGAUUUGUUUUUGAUAUAAUCUUUCUGUUGGUUAGCUUUUAGUGUUUUCAUUCCUUUUCUGAUCCACACUCCUUUAAGUGACCAAAUGAAUAUAACCCAACAUGCAUUGGGAAUGUGUUUAAUAUUAAACAAUGUCUAACUGAAUCUGCAAAUGCGGGAACUGAGAUAUCACCUCCAUGUGCACACCUGUGUGUACGAGUAUUCUAUACAACUUGUAGCAUUUACUGCCACUUAAUUGGGUUGAACUUGCAAGAUAAACUUUUGGAAACUGCUUAGUGCCAUCGGAGUCUCCUUUAGAAGCUGCCAUCAGGCAAAUGCUAUCCCAUAAUACCAGCAGUAAGCCUGGCAACAUGUUCAACAGAUUUAGUACCCAAGAGGAAAUCAACAGCGAUAGUAGAGAAUGAGUCAGAUGUAGUGGGAUAAAUACUAGCCUAGGAAGAAGGAGCCCCAGAGUCUAAUAUGAGCUUUAUUACUAAAUUGCUAUGUGACCUUAGGCAAGUCACUUAACCUCUCCAUGGCUGUUUCCUCAUCUGUAAAAUAAGUGUAUUGGACUAGAUGAUCCUUAGGGUCUUUCCAAAAGUCUAACAUUCUAUGGCAUUAUAGGUUGCCUUGCAAAUUCAGCCUGCUAUAGUGAUGGCAAAUAUCACAUUUAAGCCUGAGUCUCUUAUGUUGCAGUUAAAUAAAAUAACUAUGUAAGAUUAUUUUUAAAAUUCAAGCAAAUGGGCCGGGUGCGGUGGCUCAUGCCUGUAAUCCCAGCACUUUGGGAGGCCAAGGCAGGCGGAUCACCUGAGGUCAGGAGUUCGAGACCAGCCUGACCAACAUAGAGAAACCCCAUCUCUACUAAAAAUACAAAAUUAGCCGGGUGUGGUGGCGGGCGCCUGUAAUCCCAGCUACUCGGGAGGCUGAGGUGGGAGAAUCGCUUGAACCCAGGAGGCGGAGGUUGUGGUGAGCUGAGAUCAUGCCAUUGCACUCCAGCCUCGGCAACAAGAGUGAAACUUUGUCUCCAAAAAAAAAAAAAAAAAAAAAAAAAAACUCAAGCAAAUGAAGUUCAUAAUAAUAGGGGAUGUUGAUAAAACUUGUGGCAGCCUUCCAAUUCAUUUACAGUUGUUUCGUUUUGUUUUUGUUUUAAUGUCCAUUUUCUGUUGACUGUUCCCAGUUUUCAUUUUCCAUACAGUCUGUAUGUAAAGUCUGGUUUUCAUUAAGCUGUGGCCAGUAUUUGCCACUACAACAGAAACACACUGUCACACUUGCUAGAAUAUAACUGUACUUGGGCUUCUCCUUUCCUGUGAAGUAGUGCUGGGCUUUCUAGAGUUUAAUUCUCAAGUGGCACAAGAUAGCAGAACCCAUGCAUUUUAAUGGCUGAGACUGCUAAGAGUGAACCUAAACACUUACAAGUUGCAGAGAGAAAUGAAAAAGUAAUUACAUGCUAUUAGCAUUGAGGAAUGUUGACAAAUUAAUUUGUUGGGAACCAAAGAUAGCAUUUCUGAUGACAACUCCCACAGUGAUUGGCCAGUUGUAUGAUGAGUACACUGCUGGAAAGAGGGUAAACUGGGAGUUAGUGGAUGGUCCCAAUGCCCUGCCUACAGCAGAGUGCCAACCAGCCCUGAGUGCAAAAUUCAAGUUCAAUGUGUGUGCUUGUGUGUGGUGUGCUUUAUGGACCCGCAAAUACCAUAUUCAUUAUUGAUGAUAAGAUCUUCACAGAAUCCUGUAACUACUAAUGCAUUGAGUUUUUAAUCUCAGUACAUCAGCCAGGAGGAGCCAGAUCACAGGGUAGUGAUGUCUACUGGGAUUAUACUCAUAACAUCUACACAAAACAAGUUGAGAAGGAUCCACGUUUUCAUUGUUUAUCAGAAUUGUAUCUCAUUUGGCUGAGCAUUACUUUUGUCAAAAUGUGUUAUCUGUAAACCAUGUGUAGUGAAAUUCUUCUGUAACUUUGGAUUAAAGGUAUUUAUGGUCUUUUUGUUUGUUUGAUUUUUAAGUAAGUUAUUUCUUUUGUAGACCUGCUGAUGGUAUGGUUCCAUCCUUCUGACCUCAGCAUCCAAUCUUUUUAAGGAUUUUUGUUUUCAAUAUUUUUAUUUUAAAUUGUGGUUGAAGCAAUAGAAAAUUGAAAUAUGGAUUGUGCAUGACUGUGUCUUGAGUGUAAAAAUAUUGCAGUUUGAAACUUGGACCUAAAGUAUUGCAAAUAAAAAUGACAAACAUCAAUGA